AUGGCAGAUCAUCAAACCUCCUCUUCUGGUUCGAGUUAUGAAGUGUUCUUGAGCUUUCACGGCGAAAACGUUCGCACCAAUUUCGCUGACCAUCUCUACCAUGCCUUGGAUGGCGCUGGGAUUCGAACUUUUAGGGAUGAGGAUGAACUACCCAAGGGAGACACCAUUAGCCCAAAGCUACUCGCUGCAAUCCGGCAGUCCAUAAUCUCUAUUCCCAUCUUCUCGAUGAACUAUGCAUCGAGCAAAUGGUGUCUCAAUGAGCUAACCGAGAUUUCUGAAUGCAGAAGAAGCCCAAUGAAUCAAAUUGUCUUUCCCAUUUUCUACAAAGUCGAACCAAGGGAUGUGAGAAACCAGAAAAGGAGUUAUGCGGAAGCCUUUGAGGAAUACCAGAUGCACUUCGACGAAUACCAGACGAGCUUCGACGAAAACUAUGCGAAAACCUUGGAGGAACACCGGACGCGCUUGAAUACCGAAAAAGAAAAAGAAAUUGUGGACAAGUGGAAAAGGGCUCUGAGAGAGGUUGGAGAAUUGAAUGGAUGGCAUCUGAAGGAGGACAUGUAUGAAGGGAAGUUAGUAAAACAAGUUGCCAAAACAGUUCAGAGUACAUUGAACAAGACACUCUCACAUGUUUCUGACAGGCUAGUUGGAAUCGAAUCUCAUAUAAAAGAAAUGUUGAUGCGAUUAGAUAUUACAUCUAACGACAGAAAGAUUGUGGGGAUCCACGGCCUUGGUGGCAUUGGAAAGACAACAAUCGCUAGGGCUGUCUGUAAUACAGUCCUUAGUAACUUUGAAGAAUAUACAUUUAUUGAAAACAUUCGAGAGAAUGCUAAAAAGUAUGGGAUUCACUAUUUGCAAAACCAACUUAUCACAGGUAUCCUAAAAAAAGGAAAUCCAAAUAUUGCUGAUGUGGAUACUGGAAUUAAAGUGAUCAAGCAAAGGUGUUGCACAAAAAAAGUUCUUAUAGUUCUUGAUGAUGUGGAUGAAGAUAUUCAAGCAAAGUGUUUGGUUGGGGACCGUGAAUGGUUUGGUAUUGGAAGUAAGAUCAUUAUCACAAGUAGAAAUAAAGACAUAUUAAUUGCUCAAAAAACAGAUGUGAUUUAUGAGCCCAGUGUAAUGGCUCCAGAUGAUUCUCUUAAACUUUUUAGUCAUCAUGCAUUUGGAAUGGACCGACCUCAAGAAGAUUAUUUAGAUCUCUCACAAGCGAUGGUAAAAACUACUGGAGGCCUUCCCUUGGCUCUUCAAGUCAUAGGUUCAUCUUUAUUUAAUAAGCAAAAAUCAGUAUGGAAAGGCAUGUUAAAGAAGUUGCAAAAAGAUCCCAAUAGAGAUGUUAUGAAAAGCUUGAAAAUAAGUUACGAUGGAUUAGAAGAUGCGGAGAAAGAAAUGUUUCUUGAUACUGCUUGUUUUUUCAUCGGAAUGAAUAAAGACUUUGCAUAUCACAUAUGGGAAGGUUGUGAUUUUUCUCCAGAUGUAGGACUUGAUGUUCUCUGUGCAAAGUCUUUGAUAACGAUUAAUGAAGAUGGUGAGCUAAGGAUGCACGAUGUGCUGUGGGAUCUUGGAAGGGAUAUUGUUCGUCAAGAGAGCAAAAACAAGCCAGGGAAGCGUAGUCGAAUAUGGUCUCAAGAGGAAGUCAUGGAUGUAUUGGUAAAACGAACGGGAACAAGUAAUUGUGAAGGACUCACUAUUGACUUCAGAAGUGAAUUACCAAGGAGACCAUGUUUGAUGAGUGAAGGAUUUGCUGAAAUGAUUGAUCUAAGAUUACUCCAAGUCGAUUAUGCACAAUUUUCUCCAAACUGCACCAAUUCUUUUUCAGAACUGAGAUGGCUUAGUUGGAGAGGAUGCCCUGCCCAAUAUGAACUAACCAAAUUUUGUCCACAAAAUCUGGUUGUCCUUGAUCUAUCAAAUAGUGAGAUUUCAGAAAAAUGGAUGGGUUGGAACUGCAUCAAGAUGGCAGUAAACCUGAAAGUUCUAAAUCUCUCGUUUUGUGAUCGACUAUCUAGUACUCCUGAUCUUUCAGCAAAUCGACAGUUGGAGGUAUUGAUUCUUAAUUACUCUAGAAAAUUGGUUCGGAUCGACACAUCUGUUGGUUAUCUCAAGAACUUAGUCACAUUAGAUACGAGUGGUUGCUGGAGUCUAGUGGAUCUCCCAAUUGAAAUUUGUCAAUUGAUUUAUCUCAAAACACUUGAUUUAGGGUGGUGCAGAAGUCUAAAUAAGCUGCCGGAGAAAUUGGACCACAUGACCUCCUUGACAACACUUUGCAUAAGUGGUUGUGAAAAACUUGAUUCGCUUCCAAAUCUUCCUUCUAGUUUAGAAUAUUUUGAUGCUUCUGAUUGUGUGUGGAUAAGAACACUCCCAAUACUUUCAAGCCUGAAAAAUCUACAAAACCUGUCCCUUGGAAGAUGUAAGAAGCUUCUACACAUCUCAGGUCUUCCCUCAAGUUUGACCAGCCUUGAUAUUCGUGGCUGCUCUUCAAUUCGAGACAUAUCAGGUCUUUCCUCCACAAGUUUGACCAGCCUUGAUGCCAGUGAGUGCUCUUCAAUUCAAAACAUCUCAGGUGGUUUUCCAUCAAGUUUGACCAGCCUUAAUCUUAGGAAGUGUACUUCAAUUCGAGACAUAUCAGGUCUUUCCUCCACAAGUUUGACCAGCUUUGAUGCCAAUAAGUGCUCCUCAAUUCAAGAAAUCUCAGGUGGUUUUCCAUCAAGUUUAACCAGCCUUAAUCUUAGGAGGUGCACUUCAAUUACAUACAUCUCAGAUCUUACCUGCACAAGUUUGACUUGCCUUGAUGCCAGUGAAUGCUCCUCAAUUCAAGACAUCCCUGGUCUUCCCUCAAGUUUGACCAGCCUUGAUCUUAAGAAAUGCACUUCAAUUCAACGCAUCUCCGGUCUUCCCUCAAGUUUGACUAGCCUUGAUGCUACACAUUGCAAGUCAAUGGUAAAACUAUCAUGUAGUAGUACAUCAUCAUCAGGAGGAGGCUUGAGAAAUUUAAGGACAUUAAUUCUCAGUGGUUGCAACAGCCUAGAAGAAAUUGAAGGUGUUGACGAUAACUUGGGCUCCCUGGAGAUCUUCAAAAUUGAGUCGUGCCAAUCAUUAAAAAAGGUAAAACUGAGGGGUUUGAAAAAGCUAGUGACUUUUGGUUUCAAUGGGAACGACCUCAUUUCCGACUUUGAAGGGGAAGGGAUGGACUCUCUGAGGGUGUUGGAGAUAAGGAAUUGCAAAUCAAUAAGAAAAAUACCAAAUCUACCAGAUUCGAAAAUGCUGUCGAUAUUAAAAAUCUAUAAUUGUCCGAAAUUAACUGAGAUUGAGCCCCUUGAGGACUAUAAAUACUUGAGACAAUUAUCAAUUCAUGAGGCCAUAUCAUUAAAAACAAUACCGGAUAUCUCAGCCCUGAAGAAACUGGAGAGCUUUUCAAUCAGGGAGUGCCACUCGAUUGAACGAUUACCUGAUCUGUCAAACUUAGAAAAGCUGAAGCGUCUAUCUAUUGGGGACUGCAAGAAUGUAGCCGAGAUUCAUGGGAUUGACAGAUUGGAAAACUUAGUGAUUUUGGAAAUUAGCCGCUGCGAGUCCUUAGCAAGAUUAUCAGAUCUUUCAAACUUAAAAAAUUUGAGGUAUCUAAAGAUUGAAGGCUGGAAGAAUCUACCCAAGAUUCAUGGUGUUAAAAGAUUGAGAUUUUGA